AUGGCAGGUGAAGAAAUGAGUGAAGACUAUCCUGUGGAGAUUCACGAGUCUUUAUCAACCCUGGAGAGCUCCUUGGGUGCUGUGGAUGACCUGCUGAAGACCAUGAUGUCCAUUUCUCAAAACAAGUUGAUCCAGAAGUUGGACCCACUUGAACAAGCAAAGGUGGAUUUAGUUUCUGUACACACAUUAAAUUCAAAGUUUUGGGUUUAUUUGGAAACUCAGGGAAUUAAUCCUAAGGAGCAUCUAGUGAAGCAAGAAUUGGAAAGAAUCGUAGUCUACACGAACAGAAUCAAAGAAAUAACAGACAAGAAGAAGGCUGUCCAGCUGGACAGAGGUGCUGCUUCGAGAUUUGUCAAAAAUGCUCUCCGGGAACCAAAAACCAAAAAGCACACCUAA